GAUUUUACUGCAUUUACAUUAAUAAUCCUACACGCUUAAUUAUUAUUCUGAGUAUGAACUGGCAUAUAAACUUCACUCUUCAUCAUUCAAAUAACACAUACACAUGCACAUAAACGUUCAUUCCAUUCAUGUCAUGCAUGUGUAUUGGUGUUGGUUUGUUGGCUCAUGGCCGUCUGUUUGUCGAACAUUGAUCGGAUAUUUUUGGCACGAACGAAACAAACAUUGGAUUAAUACAGUAUCCUGAUUGGCUCGCUCGCUCAGUCUUUCCCUUUCUGAUAUUGUAAGUGGACGUGUUUCCAGUGAACCAGUGACGAAUAAUUAUUUUUGUAAACAUGAAUAUGAGUAAUGAUGUUGUGAUGGAAUUCUUAACGCUCUAUAGAGCAGAACCAAUUCUCUGGGACCCAAAACACCCUCUUCAUAGAAAUAGAAGUGAAGUUUCUGAUGGAUGGUUACGAAUUCAAAAUGCAAUAAGCAUAAACUGUACGGUCAGUGAUUUGAAGAAGAAGAAGGAGUCAUUAAUGACUUCAUUCAGAAUGCAUACCAACAAAAAGAAAAGACAAGAAUCAUAUCGGCCGACUUGGUUCGCUUAUCCUGUAAUGGCAAGUUUUCUUAGCGGGAAAUAUGAAUGUGAUAAUAGUACAAAUCAAUCAGAAUCUGAGUUCUAUGGAGCAUCAUACUCAUCGGCGACAGAGCUGACGGAGGACCAAAAAUAUCAAGGCGAUAAAGUAAUGACGCCCAGGCAGCGACCUCUCCAGCAGGGAGCAAGCAAACCCAGGAGCAGCGGAGCCCAUCCUGCCGAGACCAACAACGCAAAAAAGCAAGUGGAUGAAGCAGUAUCCUGUCUAAAGCGCGCCACAGACAACAAUAAAGAUUGCGACGAAUAUGAUUUGUACGGUCAGCUUCUAGUUAAAAAGUUAAGGAAAUUAGAUGAAAGGCAACGGGAUGUUGCUAUGCACGAAAUAGAUAACAUCAUGUUUCGCGCAAAAAUGCAAACUGAACAGCCAGCAAGAAGCUACUCCACGUCACCUGUGCCCUGUAAAGUUAACUCACCAGUCUUUAUAUCUCUUGGACAUCAAAAUGGGAGUCACUAUGAACACACCAGCCACACUGGUAUUCAAUAUGAAGAUACCACUGACCCCACACAACCACAAUCGUGAUAAUUUUUAAUAAGGCUAGCUACCUUACAUGCAUAAAGUUGUGGCCAAAUGUUGACUAUCUGCGUGUGGCAUUUAAGAACGGAUGAUGAAAUAGAAUUCGAAGUCCUUGCUGAAUGCCGCGAUAUUAGAACAGGGGUCAGGGACCAAAUCGUCUAGCCACAGUUUAAUGCGCACCAUAGCGUGGUUUUUACUACACCAUCUGCUACUACCGCACUUGGCUAUUUUAUAUUUGCAUAUUUUCCGUAACUGCCAUGUGGUAUCAAUAUAUUCUCCAAAGUUAUUGCCAUAUUUGCCUUUAAAAUGAUUAUUUGGCAAAUAUAGCCAAUGGAAAAUACGCAAAUACGAAUAGCCAAGUGUGGUAAGUACCAACAAAUGUCUUCUUCAAAAUAGUCUGUUUAGGUACCUGACUUAGGUAUGUAGUAGGCAUGUAGUACCUACUUGAAGUACUUAUUACUUCCAUGGUAGUAGGUUAGUCGUUCGAGGUAGGAAUUUAUUGAUUUCGCUAAAAGUGUUAAGUAUCUGUAAUCUGUAGGUAUCCAUACGUACAGUAACAUAUAUUAUUAUUUGUUUUAGUGCCCAUGUAGUUUGAGAUAAGUAAAUUAUAUUUGUUUACCUAACUACAUAAAUAAAUUGUAUUUAUUUUAACACUUAAAUUAUUAUUAUGGAACAUAAAAAACAAAAGUGAGUCGUAUUGUCGUUUGAAAGAAUGGUUACCUACACCUACCUCACUAGGCAAUUCGUAUUUUCGUAUUUGCCAUCUGGACCAUAUCUGGACGAGUGGAAGUAUGUUGCUUACUACUAGUCUUAAACUACCGAACCUCUAGUCUGUCGGUGUAGAUGAUCAUUUAUUGUUUUGGUAUUUGGCUCCAUAUUUGGAUGAUUAUAUUGCCUAUUUGCCCAUACGUCGAAUAUUUUGCCAAAUACUGCAUACAUUAAUCUAUAAACUAAACAAAUGACUGAUUAAAUAAA